AUAGGUCUUCCUAUUAUUCCGAUCUGGUCACACCGAAGCGCACCAUUUUGUUAGCAGCGUGAAAAAACCCGGAACGCUCUCGUUUUACGAAAUAAAAAUAUAAAACUGACUACAAAAGUAUCUAAAAAUUAGGAUUUGCUUCAAAGAUGGACAACAUAGAGCGACUGUACAAAUGCUACGAGGUUCUUUCGGAGGCGGGCGAUAAAAUAUCCGAGCAUGUGGAGGAAUACAAGGAGAUACUGAAGGCGGUAAAGGGCACCUCCAAGGAAAAGAGACUGGCCUCGCAGUUUAUAGGGAACUUUUUCAAACAUUUCCCGGAGUUGGCCGACACAGCCAUCGACGCACAGUUCGAUUUAUGCGAAGAUGACGACACACAGAUUCGCCGGCAAGCCAUUAAGGACCUUCCCAAGCUAUGCCAGGGUAACGCCGAAGCCACCACCCGAGUGGGAGACACCCUUGCUCAGCUGCUCGUCCUAGACGACCCCUCUGAGUUGCAGCAGGUAAACAACUCGCUGCUGAGCAUCAUCAAACUGGACACAAAGAGCUCCGUCACCGGACUGUUCCAACAAAUCACUUCGGGCGAUGAGCCGACCAGGGAACGCUGCUUCAAAUUUAUCGCCACCAAGCUGCUGACAAUGGGGCCCAAUGUGAUAACGAAGGAGAUCGAAGACUACAUCGUGGAGGAGAUCAAGAAGGCCCUGCAGGACGUGACAGCCGAUGAGUUCCACCAUUGCAUGACAAUACUGGGAGCUACGAAGCUGGGCAGCACCAUCACCGGACACGCCGAGCUGGUUAAACUGGCCACCGAGCAGGCAGAGCUCAACAACACAGACACUGACAUUAUUGCGGUUGACGACGAGGUUGUGGAGCGGUUCAUACAGUGUGCCACAGCAGCAGCACCGUAUUUUUCGAAAACCAUUAAGUCGACGGCCUUUGUCGCACAUGUUUGCGAUAAACUGCUGCCCAUAAAGACCUGGAACAUGAUCGCCACUGCAGUAUCACAGGAUCAGAUCCAGCUCAGAUUGCUGAAAGUAUUUGCGGAAAUGGUAACCUACACGGACACCCUAGAGAACGCCAGCGAGCGCAUCAAUGCCGUCUACAAUGUAUUACUGGAGUACAUGCCGUUGCCAAAACUUAAUGACGAGGAUCUUGGGGACACCCCGCCAUCGUUUCAAUUUUCACACGCAGAGUGCUUAUUGUACGCUCUGCACACUUUGGGCAAGAAACAUCCCAAUAGCUUAAGUUUCGUCGAAGACUCCGAAAAACUAAAAGACUUCCGAGCCAGAUUGCAAUAUCUAGCUCGGGGCACGCAAGGAGUUUUCAGUUACAUUAAGAAGCUGGAAGAGGCUCUGAAGGGGAAGUCGGCGGAGGAGCUGAAGACCGAGGAGAACCAACUGAAGCAGACGGCCCUGAAGACCACAUCGAAUAUCAAUGUAUUGAUUCGCGAUCUAUUCCACUCGCCUCCUAUAUUUAAGCACGAAAUUGUAUUAUCCUGGGUUGUGCCAAAACCGAACAAGCUUGGCAAACGCCAUGCACCCAUCACAUUUGGGGACAAAGCUGCCGCCAACGGCAAGGAAAAACAGGAGCAGGAGCAGGAGAAAAAGGCGCGGCCAUCCAACGAUCAAAAGUUCUACUCGCCGCCUUCUGGCAAAUACUCGAACAAAGUUAACCAGAACUUCGGAAACAACAACAGGGCGAGACAGCGCGGUGGCGGCGGUGGCGGGGGCGGCUACAAAAACAGACGCUUCAACAAAUAUUAGAUUUAUAAAGUAAAGAAGCAGCAGCAGCAGUCAAUACCCCAAUUCGGUCUUUUAUCCUAGUCCUAAACGAAAAAGAAAACAAUCAACUGAGAUACAGAAUAAAAGAAAAACCCAAAACUUCAAUGAUCCUGCGGCAAUCAGGCUACUAAAUAGAAACGAAUGAAACAACAACCGACUGCUGGUGAGUAUGAACACAUUUUCCGAUUAACAGUCUCCUUUUGGUAUAUUUUCAGCGCAACUUCCAACAUUUUGAAACGUUUGCAAUAUUUUUCCAUUCAUUUUAUUUAAUUUUUUUCGAAAAUCUCAAACUGUUUUUGUUUCGUGAACAAUGUCUCUUGCGGACUCUUUAAGCAACACCACGCCAUCAUCUCAUUUCACAUCAACAACAAAGGCUGGCGCUGGUGUUGCUUUGAACUGAAAUCCACGCACCAUUAUCAAUUGUGUACUAUGAAUUAAAAUUAGUUUAUAACGUUAAUAAUGAACCAAAACCCAGCAAUAAUAUUGAAACUAUUUAACCAACUUUACAUAAGAAUUUCUAAAAAUCAAUCGAACGAUUUUAUUCCCCACUUGAGGCAAUUGAUUAAACGGUUAUCAAAUGGAAUUUUUGUUUUUUAAAAAACUUGCUUAGUUUUUAUUUUAACAUGUAUUGAAAGCCACAAAUUGUACCACAUGUAGAUGAACCCCCAACUCACAUUGAAAGCAUACAUUUUUGAACUCAAUAAAGGCAACAUUACGCUAUUAAA